AUGGCUGCUAACAAGCGUAUUUCGCAACAAGAGCGAUAUUAUUUUCACAAUAAUUUAGCGAUCCUGCUGAAGGCUGUCGAGGGACAGAGAACGACCGUAGAUUUUCGAAAUGAAGCCUGUAUCACCGGGCUUGUUGAUCAAGUCGAUGGCUACAUGAACAUCGUGAUGAAAGAAUGCACCUUCGUUGAUCCGAGGGGCGACUCUUUCAACUACGAUAUCUUCUUCGUGCACGCUCGCAAUAUACGCUACGUCCAUAUCCCGCCGCAGAUACGGAUAAUUCCUGCCAUUCAAGAGCAGUUAAAAAAGCUGCGGACAAGACCGACAGAAGUGAAAAGCACCAAACGAACAUGGAAAAUCAAGCGAGCACAGCAGAAACAACAGGAGGAUCUAUUGGCUGCGCAAGAAAUUUUGCAAAACGAUGGUGUACCAGAAGAAUCUGGACAAAAUUAAAUGCCGCAAACCCGACAUCAAUCGAUCAAUUUCUGAGGACUACCAAUAAUAACAGUGAUAGUUAUUUUUACUUUUGCUGGUCGAGAUUACAUGUGAGAUAUACAGCUUGGUAAUGGUUUAGAAAUUUUAUGAGCAACACAUGAAAUAUAGCUUUGAUGGUCUUACGAUAAAUGCUUAGCAAAUACAUUCGAUACAUAAAUUUAUUAACUGAUAAAUAAAUUUCUCUUUUGCUACUUUGUCUUGGAUGUUACGAAAAUAUGCAUUAUUUGUACAACAUAUUGAAAACAUGUCAAAUAUUCUAGCAUCUAAAUACAACUUUCAGUAUGGUAUGAAUAUAAUACAAUAUAAUUCUUAGAUAUGAAUAUAUAUAUUUUAUAUUUAAGAGUAAAAAAAUCUCGAAUAAUUUCAUAAAAAAGUGCAUUAAAUACUGAAACAGAAAUAUUUGUCAUUAGUUUGUACCAUGACAAGGGUAAACUUAACACGGAGGGAAAUAAAACUUUCAAAAUAUAGUGAAAUUAAUUAUCUUGUCGUUUUCGACGAUUUAUAAAGAAAAUAUUAGAAUAUCUAACAUUUUUAGUAACUUUCCCUUUUAUACCCGAAAAUUCGUAGCGCGAUGAAAUAUACGAAUAAUAUGCUCGGCUACAUAUUAUUAUAUGCGUUUGACGCUAUAAAAAUGU